AUGCCUGCCGUCGCCGUUGCAGACUCGACGCCCGCCCAGUCGGCCAAGGAGGCCGCCAAGUCGGUCGCCGUCCUCGACGAGCUGCUCAAGACGCUCUCCGUCUCCAAGACCGCCGACGAGGCCAAGGCGGCCGCCAGCAACAUCGCCUCCCUCCUCAACGGCCCGACCGAAGAGCACGUCGUGCCCACCAAGGCCGUCGAGUCGCUGAAGAAGCAGCUGGCCAACAAGAAGGAUGCGGCGGCGCGUGAGAAGGCGCUGGACGCCAUCCUCGCCAUCGCACAGCACGCCUCCGUCUCGCCCGCGAUGGAGCCCUACAUCCUCGCCAUGCUGGGCCCCACGCUCGCGGCCGUCAGCGACAAGAUGAACUCCGUCAAGGAGCUGGCCCAGCAGGCCGCUCUCGCCAUCGUCAAGUCCAUCAACGCCAACGCCGUCAAGGCCGCGCUCCCCGCCAUCGUCAAGUCCAUCCUGACGGCCCAGAAGUGGGCGGAGAAGAUGACCGGCCUCGCCUGCAUCGAGGCCCUCGUCGAGUCAGCUCCCACCCAGCUCGCCACCCGCGUGCCGGACCUCAUCCCCGUCGUCUCGGAGUCCAUGUGGGACACCAAGCCAGAGGUCAAGAAGGCCGCCUACGCCACCAUGGAGAAGGUCUGCGCCCUCAUCUCCAACAAGGAUAUCGAGCGCUUCAUCCCCGAGCUCAUCAAGUGUAUCGCCAAGCCGGAGAACGUUCCCGAGACCGUCCACCUGCUCGGCGCCACCACCUUCGUCACCGACGUCCACGAGCCCACCCUGGCCAUCAUGGUGCCCCUGCUCGACCGUGGCCUCGCCGAGCGCGAGACCGCCAUCAAGCGAAAGUCUGCCGUCAUCGUCGACAACAUGUGCAAGCUCGUCGAGGAUCCCCAGAUCGUCGCCGCCUUCCUGCCAAAGCUCAUGCCCGCCCUCAACAAGAACUACGACACCCUCGCAGACCCCGAGGCCCGUGAGAAGACCAAACAGGGCCUCGACACCCUCAUCCGUGUCGGUGCCGUCGUCGACGGAAAGAUCCCCGAGGUCUCCAAGGCCGGUGACAUCGAGACCGUCUCCGCCAUCCUCAAGGAGAUCCUCGAGCCCAAGUUCAAGGCCCAGAUCGAGCCCGCUGCCGCUACCAUCGAGUACAUCGCCGCCAUCGCCGGCCAGCUCAUCGACGAGAAGGUCGUCGAUGUCGCCGACUGGACCGAGAACGUGCUCGCCUACCUCACCGUCAUCGUCGGCGAGGAGGACGCCCGCUCCAUGGCCGAGACCCUCCGCAAGCGCGCCUCUCCCGCUGCCGCUGCCGAGACCGAGGUCGAGCCCGACGAGGAGGAGGGCGAGGACCUCUGCAACUGCACCUUCAACCUGGCCUACGGUGCCAAGAUCCUGCUCAACCAGACCCAUCUCCGCCUCAAGCGCGGCCAGCGGUACGGUCUGCUCGGACCCAACGGUUCCGGAAAGUCUACCCUCAUGCGUGCCAUCAACAACGAACAGGUCGAGGGUUUCCCCAAGAAGGACGAAGUCAAGACCGUCUUCGUCGAGCACGACCUCGACGCUGCCGACACAGAGCAGACCGUCAUCGGCUGGACCGAGAAGAAGCUGCGCGAUGUUGGCAUCACCACCGAGCUCUCCGCCAUCGAGAACCAGCUCGUCGAGUUCGGCUUCGUCCGCGAGCAGCUCGAGAGCCCCAUCACCUCCCUCUCCGGUGGCUGGAAGAUGAAGCUCGCCCUCGCCCGUGCCGUCUUCGAGAAGCCCGACAUCCUCCUCCUCGACGAGCCCACCAACCAUCUCGACGUCAAGAACGUCGCCUGGCUCGAGGAGUACCUCACCAACUCCCCCUGCACCUCCAUCAUCGUCUCCCACGACUCCAAGUUCUUGAACAACGUCAUCCAGCACGUCAUCCUCUACGACCGCUUCAAGCUCCGCCGCUACCGCGGUGACCUCAACGCCCUCGUCAAGCGCGUCCCCUCCGCCCGCUCCUACUUCGAGCUCGGCGCCUCCGAGAUGGAGUUCAAGUUCCCCGAGCCCGGCUUCCUCGAGGGUGUCAAGACCAAGGCCAAGGCCAUCGUCCGUGUCAACAAGAUGUCCUUCCAGUACCCCGGAACCUCCAAGCCCCAGAUCAGCGACAUCACCUUCCAGUGCUCGCUCGGCUCCCGUAUCGCCGUCAUCGGCCCCAACGGUGCCGGAAAGUCUACCCUGGUCAACGUCCUGACCGGUGAACUCAUCCCCACCACCGGAGAGGUCUACCAGCACGAGAACAUCCGUAUCGCCUACAUCAAGCAGCACGCUUUCGCCCACAUCGACAACCACCUCGACAAGACCCCCUCCGAGUACAUCCAGUGGCGAUUCGCCACCGGUGAGGACCGCGAAACCAUGGACCGUGCCAACAAGAUCGUCACCGACGAGGACGAGAAGGCCAUGGACAAGAUCUACCGCAUCGACGGCUCCCAGCGUCGUGUCAUCGGUAUCCACUCCCGCCGUAAGUUCAAGAACUCCUACGAGUACGAGUGCUCCUUCACCCUUGGUGAGAACGUCGGCAUGAAGAACGAGAAGUGGACUCCCAUGAUGUCCGCCGACAACGCCUGGAUCCCACGUAACGAGAUCCUCUCCUCUCACGCCAAGAUGGUCGCCGAGGUUGACCAGAAGGAGGCUCUCGCCUCUGGUCAGUUCCGCCCCCUCGUCCGCAAGGAGAUCGAAGCCCACUGCAGCUUCUUCGGCCUCGACGCCGAACUCAUCUCCCACUCCCGCAUGCGCGGUCUCUCCGGUGGUCAGCGUGUCAAGGUCGUCCUUGCUGCCUGCUCGUGGCAGCGUCCUCACCUGAUCGUCCUUGACGAACCAACCAACUACCUCGACCGUGACUCACUCGGUGCCCUCUCCAAGGCCCUCAAGUCCUUCGAGGGUGGUGUCAUCAUCAUCACUCACAGCAAAGAGUUCACCGAAAACCUUACCAGCGAAGUCUGGGCCGUCGUUGACGGAAAGAUGACUCCUUCCGGCCACAACUGGGUUCAGGGUCAAGGUUCCGGCCCCCGACUCACCGACAAGGGCGAUGACGAGGAGGACAAGUUCGAUGCCAUGGGCAACAAGAUUACCGGUACCAAGAAGGCCAAGAAGCUCACCUCGUCCGAACUCCGAAAGAAGAAGAAGGACCGUAUGGCUCGCCGCAAGAGAGGCGAGGAGGUCUUCUCCGACGAGGACGAGUAA